AUGCAUGCCAUCGCAGUCACUGAAUACGGUCCACUCACCAAUAUCAAAGCAAUCCAAGCCCCCAAACCCUCGGAUCCACAGGGCCAUGAUAUACUUGUCCGCGUAAAGGCGUGCUCUAUAGACCCAGUUGACACUAAAGUGCGUGCUGGAACGUACGACGAUUACCCAGACUACUAUGAGCGUACUCCCAGCCUGCCCCAGAUCCUCGGCUUCGACGGUGCUGGGGUGAUUGAGAGCGUGGGGCCCGACGUACAAGACUUCAAAGCAGGCGACGAAGUCUACUAUUCCGGCUCACCCAUCCGCCAGGGAAGCAACGCAGAGUUUCAGCUGGUAGACUCACGAGCGGUUGCAUUGAGACCAAAGAGCUUGGACUGGGGCCAGGCUGCUGCUAUGCCCCUAACGUGGAUCACAGCUUACGAAGCCCUGGUUGAGCGGCUCGAGAUUCAGCGAGGCGAGAAUGCCGGUAUCCUCAUCAUCAACGGAGCCGGCGGUGUCGGCAGCGUCGCCAGCCAGAUUGCACGCCAUGUCCUCAAUCUACCCGUCGUAGUGACUACAGCAUCAAGAGACGAAACAGUCGAGUUUUCGAAAGAUGUUGGAGCCGCUACACACACCAUCAACCAUCACGAGGAUAUUCCGACCGAGAUUGAAAAGCUGAAACUGGAUGUGCCCAUCAAGUACGUGUUCAUCACACACACCCCAACAUCGGGCUACCUAGCGCCCGCAGCCAAGAUUUGCGCCCCAUUUGGAAAAGUCUGCUCCAUUGUCCAGGACAAGGAGAUUCCCAUGUAUGCAACAGAAUUCAUGGCAAAGAGCCUGACGUUUGUUUGGGCCUUACUAGGCACAAAGCCGUAUUACGGUGUUAAUGUCGAGAGCCAUGGCAAUAUAUUGAAAGACUUGGCGAGGAUGCUAGACGAUGGAACAGUAAAGUGCCAUUGUACGCAGAAGCUCAAACUCGACGAAGAGGGCGUAAGAAAAGCCCAUGAAAUCAUCGAGGGUGGGAAGGCUGUGGGGAAAGUAGCACUAGAGUUUUGA